UACUGAUAGGUAUUAGAAAUAUUUAUCUAUUUAUUCAUUGGCGUGUUCUAUUUUGAUAUCGGCACAAUAACCUAAUGGGAAAUUAUAUUGUCUACAAGUUGGCAGUCAAACAAGAGAAAAGGGUUAUUGAAUUCGUCAAGGAGUGAACGAUUUCGAUAAAGAGCCCUAUUUAUGUAAAAAAAAAAAAAAAACAACUCCAUCACCCCCUUCGGUUUCCUAUACUCCUAAAUAGAAAAGUAUUAAUAGCUAUGUUUUUUAUUUGCCUUCGAAAAGAGAACAACGAUCUCAUCACGCGCUGCGUGCUGGCGGCGAAAGCGACGAUAGCGGAUCUCUUAGACAUCGCCCGCGCGCAGCUGAACAUCCACGCCACGGUGGGCAUUGAACUUCGCUGCCGCGGGGCGCGAUGGACGGCGGCCUCGCACGGGAAUCGCCAACUCGGCAUGUUGGGGCUGCCCACGACGGGCACCGCGGAGGAUCCGCUGGAGGUGAUGGCCCUUCCGAUGCCGCCCCCCGAGGCCCUGGCCCUCGCGCCGGGGCUGCCCAUCGAGGAGGCGAACCGGCGCAUUCACGAGCUGUUCGCGCGCGCCUCGCCGACCCGCAACCCACAGCAGCAGGAGCUCGACGAGACCCUGGCGAAGAUGAUCGAGUUCGCGCCGGAGCACCUGAUCCCUGUCGAGAUGCUUUUUAUUCGAUGCAACAUCAACGACGUCCCGCUGAUCGCCUUUGUGGAUACCGGCGCGGCGGUGAGCAUCCUGAAGACGGCCGCCGCGGAGAAGUGCGAGCUCAUGCACCUGCUCGACCGCCGCUUUUCCGGGAUGGUCCAGGGCGUUGGUACGCAAAAGUGCCUCGGCGCGAUGCACAUGGUCCCGGUCAACGUGAGCGGCCUCUUCAUUCCCUUCUCCUUUCGCAUACUAGACGAGAUGAUGUUCGACAUCAUCAUCGGGUUGGAUCAGCUUCGAAGCCAUCAGGCGGGGAUCGACCUCCAGAAGGGCGUGCUGCGGCUGAGCGCCCAUGAGAUCCCUUUCCUGCAUGAAUGGGAGGUCUCGCAGCUCAACGCACCGAAACAGAGCGCCCACGCCUCGCCGGACGGAAUUCCCGACAGGACGGAUGAAAAAAAAGCCCCCCCACAGCCAAACUACCCAGAAAACGCGACCACCGCUGGCGAGGACGAAAAACGGGAAUCCACAACGGCCUCCGGGGGACCAGGGACGCACGAACCCCAACAAAUCCACCCGGGCCUUUGCGAGGACCAUCCGAACCAGUUCGAAUCGCGCGAGGCGAAGGCGGAGCGGCCGAACCCUCCUGCGGGACUCAACAACGGCGGCGAGGAGGUCUUCGCGCCCGCGCCCCGCUCGUACACCCCCUUCCAACAGGAUAUGGCCCAAAAGCUGAUGGAAUUCACCGGGUUAUUGAACUUGGACAAGGCGUACGAGCUGCUGGGUGCCACGGAGUGGGAUUUGGACGCCGCCGCCGCGAUGAGCUACGAAAGUGAAGGGGGGGAAUCCUAG